AUGAAGAGUUUUCUGGUGUAAUUAGAAAAAGUCUUGAAAUCAUUAAGAAAGUUUGAAUACUUUGAUCCGAGUAAGUGGAUUAUUCAAUUACCAACAUAAAUAUAACUUUCAAAAGGAGUUAAAAGUAAAAUUUUAAUAAAUUUAGAUAAUAAACUUUAUAGAUGGAGAGAUACAAUAGGAUUUACUCUCUUUAAUGAUAUCUAUCUAUGUCAUUAUUAAAAUUGA